GACACCACUUACCAUGAAAUACACCAUCGCCACCGCAGCCACGUUGUUAGUUGUAGCUUUGCUCGGCACUGGAAGCUAUGCUGCCCCAGGCCCACAGUCCAGCGAGCCCCUUCACGUGAUAUGCCCUGGAAUCGUACUCAAAUGCACUCCGCCCGACAAUAUUGUGGAAACGCCCAAGGGAUGCCUUGCGUGUGGUACCCCUUAUACUUUGUGA